UCUCUCUCUCUUUCUCAAACACAAAAAAUGGAUUCCAUUUUAGGGCUUUCAUGGAACUUGGCAGCCCUAUCUCUCAUCCUCCCCAUCGUCAUCUUCUUCAUCCGAACCAAAACCCGCUCCAAACCCGCCUCCACCAACUGGCCCCCGGGCCCCAAAACCCUCCCCGUCAUCGGCAACAUGCACCUCCUCUCCGCCCUCGCCUUCCGCUCCAUCUCCGACCUCGCCAAGCAAUACGGCCCCCUCAUGCGCCUCAAGCUCGGCGAAGUCGACACCAUCGUCGUCUCCUCCCGCGACCUCGCCCGCGAAAUGCUCAAGCAGCACGACCCCUGCUACGCCGACCGCCCCGACUCCAUCGGCAUCAAGGUCCUCUGGUACAACUACCGCGACAUCGCCUUCAGCCCCUACGGCGACUACUGGCGCCAGAUGCGCAAGAUCUGCAUCAUGGAGCUCCUCAGCCCGCGAAGCGUCCGCUCCUUCGCCUCCAUCCGCAGAGAUGAGGUCUCCAAUCUGAUCUCUUCCAUCCGCGCUUCCGCCGCCGUCGGUGAGCCGGUCAAUAUCAGCGAGAGCAUCUUCUCCAUGAUGAGCUCCGUCACUUGCCGCGCCGCCUUCGGGAAGGUGUCGAAAGAUAAGGAUACCUUGAUAAAGAUACUGAGAGAUGGGAUUCAGAUGGCUAGUGGUUUUGAGAUUGCUGAUUUCUUUCCUUCGUCGUUGGUCAUCAACACCUUUAGUUGGACCAAGAUCAAGCUCCUGAUGAUGCGACAUAAGCUCGAUGUGAUUCUCGACGAUCUCAUCCGCCAGCACCAGCUCAAUCUGGCGAAGAUCGGGAGCGGGAGUGAGGAAGGAGAUAAAGCGAGGAAAGGCAAUGGCGAGUUCGGGAAUGAGGACAUCGUUGAUGUCCUCCUCAGGCUUCAGGAAACUGGAGAGCUCCAGUUUCCUAUCAAGAAAGAGGAUAUAAAAGCAGUUGUCUAUGACAUGUUUUCUGCUGGAACAGAGACGUCGUCGACGGCGAUGGACUGGGCGAUGGCGGAGCUGAUGAGGACCCCGGGGGCGAUGGCCAAGGCGCAGGCGGAAGUGCGACGGGUGUUCAACGACACCACCAUCAUGGCCAUGGGAGACAACGAUCCGAAUCUGAAAUAUCUAAAACUGGUGAUCAGGGAAGCGCUGAGGAUGCACCCUCCGGUUCCGAUCCUACCCAGAGCGUCGCGGGAGGAGCGUGUGAUCGAUGGCUAUGUGAUCCCGGCUAAUGUGAAGGUGCUUGUGAACAACUGGGGGAUGCAGAGGGACCCGGCAUACUGGACCAACCCGGACAGCUUCGAGCCAGAGAGGUUCGAGGAGUGCUCGAAGGAGUUUCUAGGAGCCGACUUCGACUUCCUGCCGUUUGGAGCAGGGAAAAGAAUGUGCCCUGGAAUCACAUUUGCAAUGGCCAGUGUUGAGCUUGUUUUGGCUCAGCUUCUCUAUCACUUUGACUGGAAGCUUCCGAAUGGAGCUCAGCCGGAAUCCUUGGACAUGAUCGAGAAUCCCGGAGUCACAGCUUCGAGAAGGGAUAGCCUUUUGGCGAUACCAACUCCAUACAAAAACUCGGCCUAA